AUGGUUUUAACCAAGGAGGACUCCAUUGUUGCGGACUCCACUGCUUCCUCCCCUCCUGCACAUGCAAUAGCGACCGUGAAGCGACCGACGAAAACCUAUGGACGACCACGAGAUUCGUCGACGGUGGCGGACCCCGAGCAUCGCCGUUCGUCCUCUUCCUCUUCUGCAACCGCAAAUAUAGGCAGUAUCUAUUGGACUGCUCCAGUAAACACCCAGGAGGAGAUACCGCCAAGUUCAGAACCUCCACAUUCAUCGCCAGGUGACCGCCAGCGCUACGUCGACGAAGGGGAGAAUGUCAAUUCAAGUUCAGACGCGUUCCCUAGCUUUGAGUUUUCUUGGAGACGGAAUUUACGCGACAUGGACAGAGACGAUGAUAUAGAUGAUGCUGAGAAUGAUGAGAGUGGGGAAAGAACGAGUAGUUCAAAGUCCAGACCAGUCUCAGCGCCCAAACCUUUAAUCGCAGAACAAAGGGAAGCCAAUGAAGCCGGUUCUUCUCAACGCGCUGGUACGCCACCGGCUCCAUUGCUGGAUGAUAUCUUUGGCGGAUCCUCCACAACUGGGGGUUCGUCUGCCCAAGGUCCGUCGGAUCUCCACACGGAGCAUUACUCCUCCCCGGUGAAGAACGAGAGACGCGUUUCGGGGCGUGUCGAGGAUGAAAACGAGGAGUCUGAUGCUGAACAGGAAGAACCGGAAGAAUCGUCGGCCACUAAACCUUCUCCUAUCAUUCGUCCAACACGCGCUUCUUCGUUCACCCCACCUACGGCUGGAGAUGGAAUACCUGCCAACAAACAACAACAGAAGGGAAAUCGAGGGGCAUCCGCCCGUAGGAAUGUUCCUCCUCUUACAUUUGAGGAUGAUCAGAUUACAUCGUUCAAACCAGGAGGCACGUCGAGGCCCCAAAAUAAGGAACGGAAGAGGGUUAAGGGCCUCACGAAGAAAGAGAAACAGGAAAUGCAAAAAGAAAGUCACCGUAUAAAGGCUGGACGGGAAGUCCACAUCACUCAAGCCGAACCGAGCAAGAAUUUCACUUUAUCUAGCUGGGCCAAGUCAGUUAUUGGCGACACCAGUAAAACCCAACGAGCACUAUCCAAUCCUCCUAAAGGAGAUCCCAAAUCGAGCCCCAUCUCAGAAUAUUCUUCUCCCCUAUCACUAGAUAAAAGGCCGCAGAAUACACAUCCAAGUCUUUUGAAUCCAAGACGGAAUGUUCCCUCUCUCGCCUUGUCUUUGGCAGAACGACGAUUCUCCGACGGUGAAGAUGAACUUCCUGAACUUGGCAAUGUCGUAGCCAAUGUACAGGCAGCCUCCAAGCCGGAGUCUGACGACAAGAGACGAGAUCUGCACGCGAGAAAACUCGCUUUACUAGCUCGGAUGAACCAGAUUCGACCGAUUGCUGGUGAAGUAGAUGACGAGGGCGAUCUUCAGAUAGUCGACUCAGCCACCCCACCAACCGGCACGAAGAGAAACCCCGCAACGCAUGGUGUCCCUUCUGCUAGCACAUCUUCUGCGCAUCGUAACCGUAUUCACUCUCGGCUGAGUGCCAAGAGAGGCAAGAAAACCAUGGUUCCGGGUGAUAUAAACAAGGAUUUAAUGCAACGGGUUCAAGAAGUUGGGAAAUCGGUAAGAGACAAGAAGGAAGCGGAAUGGCUACGCAACGGUGGUAUGCUUCCGGAGAUGAAGCAGAACGAUCAUGUACCCGUAGAGUCGAUGCACGAAUUGUUGCAAAAGUCUUUCGACGAACGAAGAAAAGCUAAGGAUGAACAAGGGGAGGAAGAGGACGAAGAUGAAAAUGAAGGUAGUGAUGAAGACUGGAAUUCCGAUCAAGAGGAACGAUAUCGGGGUAGUGCUAGUCCUGAUCCAGAGGUUGGAGAGGUUGGUGAAGACGCUGAUGUUGACAUCACGAUGGUCAACACUCUCGACAAUAAGGGGCAUUCUCAGGAUGCACCGUUGAAACGUCCCCGAACCAAGAGGGCCACGAUUCACACUGUUCACUCGGAUUCUGAAGAGGAGAAUGACGAAAACGUUUCGCCAGCACUUGCCGUUCCUUCAGCGACAGUCAAGGAUGAUGAUGUCAAGAUGCCUUCAGUUCGUCGUGGCUCGGUUUCAUCGUUCGAGGGUGGAACAGAGGACGAGUAUGACAAGGAGAACGACACACGACGAAUGUACGACCGAAGCGAAGACAAAGAGAACACAGUUGUUGUUCGUCUUUCCACCGCUUCUCGACCUUCGUUAGGCUCUCGACAAGGGUCGUUGUUUGGACUGGAGGAGGGUCUAUCAAGUCGUCUAUCCAUGUCACCCGGACAGGUGAUAAGCGAUGAAGAAAAUGACGAAAAUGAUCACAAAGGGUUACAGAGGCAACCUCUACAGCCUUUGGAACCCAGGAAGGCGCUGCUAUCUUCGCCAGACUCUUUUUUUAAUCGCCUACACCAAGUCGAACCAGAUUCCGUCUCCGCUUCUUCCGGGGGGGAACCGACAUCAACCCUUGAACCCGCGUUGAACCUCAUAGGCCCACGACUUAACGCGGAGUUCUCUCAAUUUUCCGAUGAAGAGUUCGAGAACGCGGUUCCUAAACCACUACAAGGAGGCUUGGCCGAUUUGUUUGAUUCAACUACGCAGAACUCUCCCUCAUCUCGAAACAGGCACUUAGGCACGCUGAAGCCACCUCCUUCCUUGGGCUUGACUCAGGACGUCGACGCGCGACCAGUACUGUUAGUGGAUGAUCAACUACAACGUAAGGCGGAUGAGAUAUUUGAGAAGGAGCAAGGUUGGGUGAUAGACAGGGCCGAUGAACAAUGCCAUAAACGACCGGAACUGUAUGUCAACGAUGCAGGGUUCUUGACUCAGACACGUCCCGAAGGAACUCCUGAUAUCUAUCGACCCCUGCCCACCCAAAUAGACUCAAUUUCGCGCCAGCCUAGCCAGGCUUUGGUUUCGCAAAGACGUACACUCUCGGAGGCCAGCUUGGCGUCUAGCAGUGUGCGAACACCAUUCAGCAAUAUUUCCCUUGCAACCCUUGACUUUGAUGGUACACUAGUGGACUCACCGUCGAACAGAUCUCGUCGUCGUCUGAUGAAGAAGAGACAAUCUUCUUCACCCUCAGGAGAUGCUCGUGCACCUCAGCUUGCCAUGUCUACAGCUUUACGCGAUCCAUUCAAAUCUCGCAAAGACAAGGUACCCAAGGACAAAGGUCUACUUCCACAGAAGUCAGUUUUCGUAGAAGCUGAAGCUCAAGAAAGUGAUGAGGAGGAGAUGUUCGGAUUUGUGAGGAAAAAAGGAGGCGAUGACGAAGAAGAUGAUGAGAAUGAGGAUCAGGAUAAGACCCUCGAGACUCUAGUUGACGAUGGGGAAAUGGAUGAAGACACCGUUAAUCGUGAGGCGGUGCUAGAGAAAUUCCAGGAGCACGCGGAAGCAGAUGAUCAGAAACUUGAGAAGAUGAAUAAAGAUGUGGUUGAGGGUGAAUGGCGUAAGAAGAGGAGACGUGGCAUAGGAGUGGACGACAGCGACGAAGAGUUUAACGAUGACUACGAACAGAGGAGAAUCCGCCAGAAAAUGUACGGCCACGGGCAAAUUGAUCGACAGAACAUUAAAGAACUAGGAAACCAUCCUGAGACUAGCGCAUUCUUCGAUUCGUAUAGAAAAGGCAUUCAGGAUGAGGACGAUAAUAACGAUUUAGCAUAUCUUGUUGAAGGACGCCCUGACGUAGCAAUGGGAGAUGCUACGAUGGUUGAAGAAGAGAGAGAAGAAGAAGAAGAGGUUGUGACUGCAGCGCAAAUUCAAGCAGAGUUAAGGCAAGCAGCGCAGAAUAAUAUAGAUGAGGGAGAGACUGCGUUCGAUCCGCGGGACAUAUCGUGGGCAGAUGAACAAGAUGAGGAGUUGACUGUACCAGUAAAAAUAGUGCGUGGUCGGAGGGCAAUUGAUCCUCGCGGCGCUCGUGGUCAACCGGAUGAGCAUGACAUUCAUGUUCAGCCCUCACGGUUCAUGGAUAACGAUCAACAACGAGCCAGUAUGCAUGAUUGGGCCAAAACGGAGAAUCGGAUGCGUUCUCGGGGGGGUAAUGGACGGUCGGUGGCUAGUGCUACUAUUACAGGGCACAAAAAAGCCAAAUUCGCCAGCGGUGGUGGUUCACUACGCGGACUUGGAUCCGGCUCAAAGGAUGCUGGUGUGGGAACAGCACGGAUCCCAAAAUCGGUGAAAGCAGCUCCCAGUUUCUUGAACAACCCAGCUUUAGAAAGGACCUCCCGGUUUGGCUAG